AUGGGAUUCUUGGAAGAUGAUAGAGAAUAUAUAGAUGCUAUUAAAGAAGCCAGCCAAUGGGGAUCUGGACAUUUCUUGCGCAAAUUAUUUGUUGUUAUGCUUCUUUCUGGAACUGUUAACAGACCAACAAAUGUUUGGAAGAAAACUUGGAAUCUGCUAUCGGAUGGAAUCUUGCACAGCCAAGGAACUUUGGCAAAUAACAAAGCUUUGGUACUGACUGAAGAACAAACAAAAAAUUUGACAUUAAUUGAAAUCGAAAUCUUGCUACAAGCAAAUCGCAGAACUCUUAAAGAUUUCAAGCCUAUAGCAUAUCCAGAUGAUUAUGUACUGCAACAACUGGGAAAUCGAUUGAUCUAUGAAGAAAGAAAUUAUGACAUCGAUCUUAUGAAGUCAGAAUUCCAUAAUCUUUUCACUGCUCCAACAGAUGAACAAAGGAAAAUAUUUGACAAGAUAAUGUUUGCUGUUAACAAUCAAAGAGGGGGGGGGGUAUUUUUCUUACAUGGUUACGGAGGCACUAGUAAAACUUACAUGUGGAAGACACUUGCGACUGCCUUGCGGUGUGAACAUCAAAUUGUUUUAACAGUAACUUCGAGUGGGAUAGCAUCAUUGUUAUUACCUGGAGGCAAAACUGCUCAUUCUAAAUUUAAAUUGCCUGUACCCACUUUGGAAAACUCUACUUGCAAGAUUGAAUAUAAUGAUGAGUACGGACAAUUACUUUGA